AUGAAUGGAACGGCUAAAAUCACACAAUCAAGAUAACUCAAGUACGUUUUCUACAUUUUCUAAGAUUCACUAUUUGGUUCCAUUACCAACAAUCUAAGCUUGUCAACAGUCUAAACCGAUUACAGUAACAUUCCUAUUAUCAUAAUAAGAACUAUCAUUGAUCAUACCUUCUGAUGAUACUUUUAGAUGACACUUUCCUGUAUAUAAUAACGGACACAGUAUGUGCUUUUUUUCUUCUUCCACCCAAUUUUUGUCCACAGUGGUCAAAUCGAAAUUUUUCAUUAUUAAGAUCGUAAGGCUUCUUCUAUCAGAACUUAACUUUCAACCCCCAACAACUCAAUCGAUAUGAAGUUUUCCACCUUAUUCGCUUCCGUCAUUGCUGCCACUACAGCUUUAGUGUCAGCUUAUGAAGUUGAUCCAACUGCUGAACAUAAUACCAUCAAUUUCUUUGUUGAUUAUGCCAUUAAAGAAGUUCCUAAAGUUAGAGAAUCUGACGUGGCUGAAUUAAACAAUGGUCAAUCCAUUACUAUUCAAUAUACUGCUGUUAACAAAGAAGAAUUCCCUGUUCUUGUUAUUGGUAUUGGUGGUACUUUCAAUGAUCCAGUUACUAAUGAAAUUGUAUCUAAUUUAACUAUUGGUAAUAUUGGUCCAAUCACUAUUGCUCCAGGUGAAUCUCAAAAUUUUGAACAAAAGAUGUCCCUUAAUUUAGUUCCAAAUAACUAUUUAAUCAAUCCUCAAUUAUUCGUUGCUAUUGAUGAACAAGUUAUUCUUAUUCCAAUUAGAGGUCAAUUUGCUACCAUUUCUGAUUUACCAAUUUCUUUCUUUAAUCCUCAAUUAUUAUUCUUAGAAUUAGUGUUGAUUGCUAGUUUUGGAGGUUUACUUUAUUUCCUUUAUGAAGCUUAUGGUAAACAAUAUAUUAAUGGUACUGGACCAAUUGCUCUUAAAGCUGCUAAAAAGGCUGCUGCUGCUGCUCCAUCAUCUGGUGCCGGUACUUCUACUGCUUUAGAUGACAGUUGGUUACCAGAUCAUUUAAAGCAAAAGAAAGCUAAAAAAGCUAAUUAAAUGAUAUCAAAAGGAUCAAUUUGAGAAACUGUGCUUUCUGAAUCAACUAACCCUGUCUUUCUCCAAAUAAAUAAAAAAAAGUCUUUUUUAUUGAUUUUCAAAGUCUUUACAGUUUCCUUUACUUCUUUUCUAACAUUUUAAUUUUAAUUCAUCAUUCUAUGUAUUUACGUUGCUUAUUUCAUUAGUCAUAUAAUAAAUAAAGAGAUCAAUCUUGUUAUAUAUAUAAGUUA